AACGCUGUUAGUUAAUCAGCUGUUCGAGGGAUGACGUCAGCACCAUAGUCAACCAUAUUGUAGUUCCUGUCAUCAGAUUGUGUACGUAGCCGGAGCGAGAAGCCGUUGAAUGACGCAAUUUUUCCCAUAGAAAUUUUAGACACAUUCACCAAAGAAGAUGAGUUUUAUAUGGAGCGGUUGGAAUUAUUUUGUAGAAACUUUCACGUCUAUACUGAAAGGUUUAGGACUAUGGGGCAAGACAGGCAGAUUAGUAUUUCUGGGAUUAGACAAUGCAGGCAAGACGACGUUACUCGCAGUCUUAAAAGAUGACAGAAUGGCCUGCCAUGUACCAACAUUACAUCCAACAUCGGAAGAGCUGAGGAUCGAUGGAGUCACAUUCACAACCUUUGACCUUGGGGGUCAUUUACAAGUUAGAAAAGUCUGGAAAAAGUACCUACCCGCAGUUGAAGGAAUCGUGUUCCUGGUAGAUGCAGCAGAGAGGGAAAGGUUUGCAGAAGCAAAAGCAGAAUUAGAUAGUUUAAUGACGGAUGAAAUGAUAGCAAAUGCCCCCAUCCUUGUACUGGGCAACAAGAUUGACGUAUCUGGAGCAGCUAGUGAAGAAGAAUUAAGAUAUCAGAUGGGCCUCACAGGACAGACAACUGGAAAGGGCAAAGUCCCCCUCAAAGAUUUACCAGGCCGUCCUUUGGAGCUCUUUAUGUGUAGUGUUCUCAAGAAGCAAGGUUACGGAGAGGGCUUUGUCUGGCUAAGCCAGUACCUCUAAAGAGAACACCCACGCUUGAAAUAAUGGACAAAAAUAUAUGAGACAAGCGGAGAGAAAUCAAAACAAUCGGAUCAUCUCAAGUGUUUCUUGUUGCUCGUUUCAUCAUCGAGUGUGAUUGGGGAGGCUCUGGAGAACACGUGGGCAUUACAGACUGAUAUGGCUGUAACAUCGUCAUGCUUCCCCCAAGCGAGGGCGCAACACAUAUAUAUCAGGCUGCAUGUACACACGAUCAACCCUGCCUGUACCAUCUUCGUGUUUGAGCAUGGAGACAUGGGCUGCGUGGUUGAUUUUUCUACGUUCAUAAGAGGAACAUUAUCACUGCGAUCUUCGUCCACACAUUUUUUUUUAUCAUCCAAGAGCAAUUAAUAGAGAAUUGUAACAGUUGAAAAUUUCAUCUUAAAUUUUUCUUACUUUCCUGUUCGAAUCAACUUGAGGAGCUUGUAAACCUGAUAGGCUUUUUGACAGUGGUCCACAGAAUGCUAGAAAACAAAUUCAUGACAUUUUCAACUCUUGAUGCCCGGUUUGAUAAUGAAGCUGCAAGAAUUUAUGAAAUGUUGGACCCUAUCUAUGUGAACUUCUUUAUGGCUUAUGCCUUUAAUAUUCCCCUCCAAUGUAGAUAAAAUAAUAUGAUCGGAGGCAUUGAUGUCCUGAAAAUGAUUGGAAAUAUAAAUUCAUUUUUUUCCCGUAGUUUCCUUGAAAUUCUCAUGAGCCCAUUUAGUAAAGAUAUAUUAUGUAGAGCGCAUAUGCCAUAUUGACCCCUAUCGGACAGUUUUACGCAUAUGCAGACUGUUUCUUUCCCCUUAAUUGGCAUUUGUAACUCAGCCACACUGCUAACCCGACACCAAACCGACCGAUUCUUGGCUAUUCGAGGUUUGUUAGUUUGUCUGUCAGUCUAGGACCCAUUUCACAAAGCCUCUUUUCAAUGACAAAAAUGAAUGACAAAUCUGGUGAUAACUAAUCAGAAGCGAGGAUUUCAGUAGCUUAUAACAAAAACUGUCUUUUGUCACUGAUGACAAGUUUUGUGAAAUGGGGCCCAUUUCACAAAGCCCUUUUUCAAUGACAGAUGACAAAUCUGCUGAUAACCAAUCAGAAGCAAGGAUUUCAGUAGCUUAUAACAAAAACUGUCUUUUGUCACUGAUGACAAGUUUUGUGAAAUGGGGACCGGGUGUGACUGUUGAUUCAGCUCCACAUUCCCCUUAUUUGAUAUCUUGAUUUACUUCCGUCGAGUUUGAAUCUUUGGUACGUAACCAAUUUUCCGAACAUGCCGUAUAUUUGGGAGAUGUUAAAAUUUUAGGACGGGGAACAUGACAUCGACUUCACAGUAUGUCUCAUGAGCAAAUGUGUGUAUUGAUAUUUUUUAUGUACAAACUCAUUAUAAUUUAAGCUUGCAUUUAUAUUUACAAAACAGGAUUGUUAAUUCUUUAUCUGCAGAUGUUCAUGUAUAAGUCAUAUAUGUAAAUACGCAUACAUGUAUACACGCCUACAACUAUUCUACACAGUGGUUAAUUACUUAAUUUAAAUACUUAUUUUGCAAAUCUGACCGUAUGCCAAUUUCUUUGCAACUGCUUCAUUUUCUUUGAACACACUACUUGUUUCAUACAUCAACAUGCUUUGACCUUUAAAGAGAAAGAAAGAGUCUUGGGGUGAAAAUUGGAGAAGUGAAAAUAUUGCAAAAUAUAAUGUGUACAUGCAAUAGCAGUUUCAGGCAAGAAAUACGCAUAUGUCGACAGUUUCACAAAGCUGUCAUCUGUCGAGGUUCAUGGGACAUCCCACAAGUACAUGUGUCAUAGAAUUAGCAUGCGUUUUAAUUGGAUGUCCAUGAACUUCGACUUAUGCUGGUUUUGAGAAAUCGGCCCAUGGUCUCAUUGGGUGGUCUUUGAUAAAUAGAUGUUCAUGAUGAAAUUAUGUAUUAAGGGAGACUUACAGAGAAGAAAUAUUUGUCAAAAAGAGAGGGCAAACACAGUUUUCAUCUGCUGUGAUUCUCAAAAUUUGUAAUACCGGUACAAAGUAUUGGAAUACCGGAAAACAAGGUACGAUUCAGAUCUGUAUAAAAUGCAUUCAUCCAUUUCUUAACACAAUUGAAGUAUCAUUUUAUUGAUAGCUCUUUUUGUUUUGGAUUACUCUACAAGUUUUUUGAUAUUUUCUUUUUGAUUUUCUUUUUGAGCUUUAUUUAUGUAUUACUGUUUACUUUUCAGUUCAAUUUUUUUUAUUUUUACAAACAUGGCUCAUAGUGGUGGUUGAAACAUUCAUACUCUUGCAAAAAUAACUCCAGAAUGUCAUGACUAUAGUAGUCAUAAGAAAAAAAUAUAUAUCUUGCAAACAGCUGAUCAGCAGGUUUGAAUCCUUGUCUGUUUAUAAUUGCAAGGUAACCUAAGGAAUUGGAGCUGCAAGAGGGAACUCCAAAUUACCUUACCUGAAAUUUAAAUUUCAAAUUGAAGAAAUAUGAAUAUUAAUUGGAUAAUAGUAUACCCAUGGAAAAUGGAUAUUCAUAGCGAUUAUUCAAAUAGUUUUUAGACUAUGGGUCAUUAUUUAAGCUGCCUUUUGGGAUUUAGGCCGGUUUGAUUCUUUGAAAAUUGAAAAAUUCCUUUAGAACUGUAAUUUAGUAAAUAAUCCACGCAUCCACUUUGUACAAUCAAGAAUACUUCUCAACAAUAUGUGAAUUUGGUAUUCUUUACACUUUACAUGAACAUAAAGUGUAUUGUACGAUUCAUUUGAUCAUGAUAAAUAAAUAAUGGCACAUUUCUUCAAUCCAGUCCAGGUGCAAUGCACUAGCCCUACUUCUUCCAUACCACGGAACUUUUAAUUUGUUGUCCUCGUCCGAAUACCGCCCAAAUAUUUAAGUGGUCCAAAAGCAAUUAUGAGAAGACUAACUAGAGAUGGAGCUUGCCAUAAAAAUGUAUCGAUAACAUGUGUAAUGCUUAUACAUGCAUUUUAAUUUAGUAGUGAGUUUUAGAGUAGGUAUAUCUUUAUAUGUUUUCUUUUUGUUUAAUAAUUAAGUUUAGAAAUAUGGCAAGUAAUUUUCCCCCAAAAGAACGUAAACACCUGAAUCGUAUUUAAAGACCGAUGUGAUAUUGCAUAUCGCAAUGUAAACAAAGUUUUCUUUAGCCUUUAAUAGCACUAUUUGAUUUUCUCCCUCAAAAUUGUUUUUGUAUCUGUCUACGCUUACGCCCCCUCCCCCUUGUUUUUAAAUUUAUUGUUUCUAAAUUUAUUGUUUCAUCUCGUAAGAAAUGUUAUUUAUCUUGUAUUAUUAUUUUUAUAUGGAAUGUCAAGAGGGUAACCGUAGCGAUUUAUCUGUAAAAUCAUUUCAUCACCCAGAUUAUUAUUUGAACGACAUACCAAUAAAACAAAUAUUUGAUAAUGAAUACCAA